CACUCAGCUGCCAGUGGACGUUGUAGAAAUGGCGCAACGAAAACGCAAAGUCGCAUCCUAUUCUCCUGACACUACCGAUGGUUGCAUUGGCGAUAGCAAAUGUUUCUUUUUGCAAGUCCCCAGCCGAGUUAAACAAUGGAGCAAAGCAGAGUGCCGCAGCUACUACCGGUAUUACAAAUGUUGCUUUGCCUUUGCAUCGGCGAUUGGGUAGAGUUUCGUUCCUUUUUUUUUUCUUCUUCUUUUUCUUUUUUCUUUUCUGUUUUCUUUUCCUUUUGUGGGAAAAUGCUAUUUGCCAAGUGCCUUGUCACCAACG